AUCGAGCCCAUGCCCAGAGCCGCCCCCAAGAUUCGCAGGCAACCCCACGCCAAUCAAGACCUCGAUCUGGAUCGAGCAGGCGCUCUCCACCGACGGGGCUUUGGCUGGCCGGUGUCCCACGUUGACGUCCUCCACCCUCCCGCUCCCGGCAACGCGCUCGGUCUCCGUAGCCGGCCUCACCGCCAUAGUCACAGGUGCAUCGAGUGGGAUCUGCGUGGAGAUGGCGCGGGUGCUGGCGGCACCCACGUCGUCAUAGCCGCCCGGAACCUCACCGCCGCCGAGACCAUGCGCCAGGCCGCAACUUCGCAGCCGACUUCACUGACAGGGGCCUACCGCUCAACAUCCUCCUUCAGAGAGCUGAACGGGGCGAGGCUGGAGGCGUCAGUGAGGGCGUACGGUGGCGCCGGCCAGAGGAAGGUGUCCAACAAAUGUCAGAGAGCUGAACGGGGCGAGGCUGGAGGCGUCAGUGAGGGCGUACGGUGGCGCCGGCCAGAGGAAGGUGUCCAACAAAUGGUUAGGAUGUUACCUCCGCCCGCGGUUAGAGAGCUGAACGGGGCGAGGCUGGAGGCGUCAGUGAGGGCGUACGGCGGUGCCGGCCAGAGGAAGGUGUCCAACAAAUGGUUAGGAUGUUACCUCCGCCCGCGGAUAGAACCAUACAACUGUGGAUGA